AUGCAACAUGAUAUCCGCUUGUUAGCUGCCAAACGUGAUUUGGGGACUGGUGACAUCCAAACUCUGAAAGAAGUACCGACUCCUUGGGAUCCGGUUGGAAGCUAUGUGUCCGGGUGUGGGUACACUUCUCCUCCGACAUUUGCGGAACCCAAAGUGCAAGAACCAGAUCCAGCACCUCCGAAGUGUUUUGCAUUCCCCGCCAGACGGGCCUUGCCGAUCAGCAAAGGGGGAGACAAUCAGAGUCGCAAGGAGCGUGUCAAGGCGCUCGCGUUGUGGCAAGCGCUCAUAGUCACCUCCGUGUGUGGACUGGCAGUUGCUCUCUCGAAGGCUUCGGAUGCCCAGGUUCCGAUAAUUUUGGAUGACGUCUUCGCCCGCAAGGCUACUUCAACAUUGCGUAGUCGAGCAGGCAGCCUCCUUCAGUACGCCCGAUGGCAGCGAGCAACUUUUGGUGAGAACCAACUUUUCCCUGCCAGUGAAGAUCGCUUGUACCAGUAUACAUGCUACUUGCGAGCCGAGGGAGCUCCUGCUUCCAGGGGCGAACGCUUCAUACAGAGCAUCCGCUUUGCGCAUAGCCUGCUGCAGUGUGCCGGUGAUCUCUCCAUGUUGUCACCCAGGGUCAUUGGAUCUACGAUCGCCGGGGUGGAGAAAAGACCCAUCGUCAAGAAAUGGCCCUUGAAAGUUCAUCAAUUGAGAAAGUUGGAGCAACUUGCAUGUGGCGAACCGAGUGCGCUUUCCAUCUUUGCUGGAUUCUUGUGUGUACUUGUGCAUGGCAGGCUCAGGUUCAGUGAUGGGCAAAUGUGCUUUGAAGAACCGGAGCUUGAAAAGGGUGAGGCUCACAACAUCCUCACUCUUCGCUUGUAUGGAUCCAAGACCAGCUCUCUCCGGCGGGCAACUCGGUUUCGGCUCAUUCCUGUCUUUGCGAUAAGUCCAGGAGUGCACGGGUCUGAGUGUUGGGCCACAUCCUACUUGGAAAAUCGUGCUGCACUCGGUUUGAGUGCUUCAGAGGAUGAACCGCUCAUGAGGUGCCCGACUGCAGACGGGGGUUUUUCAGAACGAAAGCUCCGGACUUCCGACGCUUCGGUCUGGAUGCGAGAAAUCCUCUCGGAUGUGUGUACCUUUGAGGAGCUGGCUAACAUUGCAACGCACAGCUGCAAAGCUACGUGCCUAGCUUGGCUCACCAAAGGGGCAGCGACGAAUGCCAUGUGCCGAAGAGCAGGUUAUCAUGUCGGCGUUGAGGGCAAAUCAGAGUUGGAAUACGCCCAUGAUGCAGCCGCCCCGCUUAUCUUUAGGUUGGCCAAUACUCUUGAGAUGAUCAAGGAAGGGUACUUCUCGCCUGACGAGCCGCGCCUCCAGAGGUGGCAUGGUGCUGAGGAUUAUGAUUCGGCUCUGGCACUCUUACGCAAUGGGGGUGAGCCUAAAAGAAUGCGGGCUGAAAAAGUGAGCCGCCUUCUAGCAGAUUCGACCUCCGACUCUGAGUCCAGCGAAGAGCCAGAUGACGACUCCGAUAGUGCGGAGUCGGAGCUUGAUGGGCAAAUGGCCGAGAUACACGCUCAUAGCGAAACUCUCGAUAGCUCCAGCCAGGAUGGUUAUGUAUACUACUUGCAUGAAGCACGUAAGACUGUGCACCGGGCCCGGCAAGUUAAUGAUGACGAUGCUACUGUGUUUCUGUGUGGGCGGUUGGCCACCGCGGCGCACACUGAGCUGGGAGCCCGACCCAACGUCAUCCUGAACCCGUGCUUGUCUUGCUUCAAAUGA